GCAUCAACGGUUGACCCCGACCCGCCACUUUAUCCGGCCGAGCAAUUGUACGGUAUCGUAGGUACCAGCCUACGUCGCACCUAUGAUAUUCGAGAAGUAAUCGCCCGCUUAGUCGACGGGAGUCGAUUCACUGAAUUUAAAGCCAUGUUCGGCGAGACCUUAGUUUGUGGUUUUUCCCGUUUGUGGGGUUUUCCUGUUGGUAUCUUAGGCAAUAAUGGCGUAUUGUUUGGUGACUCGGCAGUCAAAGGCGCCCAUUUCAUCCAACUUUGUUGUCAGCGCAACAUUCCCUUAGUGUUCCUGCAAAACAUUACUG